GCCCGCCGCCCCCUGCCGCCCGCGGCCGCCCCGGAGGAUGCGGCGCGCCUCAGUGUCCUGAGAGCGGAAGUACCUGGGCUGGAUGGAACUUGGCAUUGGGAAGAGUCCUCUGUGUGUGGAGAGAGCGGUGACUUGCCGAGCGAUGAAGCAGGCCCCCGAGAGCCUCGGUGCUGCCAGUGGGAAGCCGCAGCAGGGCUGCGAGGUGAGCCGUGAGUGCUCCGUGUUCCUCAGCAAGGCCCAGCUCUCGAGCGGCGUGCCCGAGGGCGUCCUGCAGAAGUUCAACGGUCACGACGCCCUGCCCUUCAUCCCCGCCGAGAAGCUGAGGGACCUCACCUCCCGGGUGUUUAACGGCGAGCCCGGGGCCCAGGGUGCCAAGCUGCGCUUUGAAUCCCAGGAGAUGAAGGGAAUUGGGACACCUCCUAACACCACCCCCAUCAAAAAUGGCUCCCCGGAGAUCAAGCUGAAAAUCACCAAGACAUACAUGAACGGGAAGCCUCUCUUUGAGUCCUCCAUCUGUGGGGACGGUGCUGCCGGAGUGUCCCCACUGGGAGAUGACGGACAGACGUCAGAGAGCACGGCGAGAAGGAGCCGCAAGCGGAGCUUGAAGCACGACGCCUUGCUGGAGCAGGACCCCAUGGAGGCUGCUGCGGUGCCCAGGCUCUCCAGCCCACCAGACACAGAGGUGCCAGUUCAGAAAGAGCCCUGUGCCAGCACUGGCCGAGACAGAGAUCAGCUGUUGAAGUACAACGUGGGCGAUUUGGUGUGGUCCAAAGUGUCGGGUUAUCCCUGGUGGCCCUGCAUGGUCUCUGCUGAUCCGCUGCUCCACAGCCACAGCAAGCUGAAAGGUCAGAAGAAGAGUACGCGACAGUACCACGUGCAGUUCUUCGGUGACGCCCCAGAAAGGGCGUGGAUAUUUGAAAAGAGCCUCGUCGCUUUUCAAGGAGAAGAACAGUUUGAGAAGUUGUGCCAGGAGAGCGCCAAGCAGGCGCCCACGAAAGCUGAGAAAAUGAAGCUCUUGAAGCCCAUUUCAGGGAAGCUGAGGGCGCAGUGGGAAAUGGGCAUGGCCCAGGCCGAGCAGGCUGCAGGCAUGUCUGUCGAGGAACGCAAGGCCAAGUUCACCUUCCUGUACGUGGGGGACCAGCUUCACCUCAACCCGCGAGUCGCCGAGGAAGCCGGCCUUGCGGUGGAGCCGCUGGGCGCAGCGGGAGAAGCCCCGCCGUGUGUGAGGGAGGAGGCCGUGAAGAGGAGACGGAGAGCCAGACCCUCGCCUGCCGCGUCCGAGCGGGGGCCUGGCUCCGCGCACAGCCCCCCGCUGCACCCGGCGGAGGCGGACCCCAAGAGAGGAGUGGGGCUUUCCCCUGGCAGGAAGAGGGCCUCGGUCCCGGCCCCCCGAGGCAGGCGAGCAGACACGGCGUCCCAGUUUCUGGUCUUCUGUCAGAAGCACCGGGAGGAGGUGGUGGCGGAGCACCCGGAGGCCUCAGGGGAGGAGAUUGAGGAGCUGCUGGGGUCCCAGUGGGACAUGCUCAGUGAGAAGCAGAAGGCUCGCUACAACACCAAGUUUGCCCUCGUGACCUCGGCUGCACCUGGAGACGAUCCCGGUACCUUAAAUGGGAAGAAAAGAAGCCACCCAAGGAGGCCCUCGGACACUGCAGAGGACGCUGAGGACACGCCCAGGAAGAGACUGCGGGCAGAUAAGCCUGGCCUCCGAAAGAGAGACACACUAGCCGACAAAACAGCCAGGACAGGCUCCUACAAGGCCGUGGAGAUGGCCUCCUCACUCAAGAGCCAGGCAGCAACGAAAAAUCUGUCUGACGCAUGCAAACCACUGAAGAAGCGGAGCCGGGCCUCUGCAGCAGCGUCUUCAGCUCUUGGGUUUAGCAAAAGUUCGUCUCCUUCUGCAUCCUUAACUGAGAAUGAGGUGUCGGACGGCCCAGGAGACGAGCCCCCGGAGUCGCCCUACGAGAGCGCGGAUGAGACCCAGACAGAGGCGUCGAUCUCGUCGAAAAGGUCAGAGCGUGGAGUGACCGCCAAGAAGGAACACGUGUGUCAGCUGUGUGAGAAGACGGGCAGCCUGCUGCUGUGUGAAGGCCCCUGCUGUGGAGCAUUCCACCUGGCCUGCCUCGGCCUCUCUGGGCGGCCCGAGGGGAGGUUCACCUGCCGUGAGUGCACCUCAGGGAUCCACUCGUGUUUCGUGUGUAAGGAGAGCAAGCUGGAGGUGAAGCGCUGCGUGGUGACGCAGUGCGGAAAGUUCUACCACGAAGCGUGUGUGAGGAAGUACCCGCUGACGGUGUUUGAGAGCCGGGGCUUCCGCUGCCCGCUGCACAGCUGUGUGAGCUGCCACGCCUCCAACCCCGCCAGCCCCCGGCCCUGGAAAGGUAAAAUGAUGCGCUGUGUGCGCUGCCCCGUGGCCUUCCACAGCGGGGACGCCUGCCUGGCGGCAGGGUGCGCGGUCAUCGCAUCCAACAGCAUCGUCUGCACGGCCCACUUCACGGCACGCAAGGGCAAGAGGCACCACGCGCAUGUCAACGUGAGCUGGUGCUUCGUGUGCUCCAAAGGCGGGAGCCUCCUGUGCUGCGAGUCGUGCCCGGCCGCCUUCCAUCCGGACUGCCUGGGCAUCGGCAUGCCCGACGGCAGCUGGUUCUGCAGUGACUGCAGGGCCGGCAAGAAGCUGCACUUCGAGGACAUCAUCUGGGUGAAGCUCGGCAACUACAGAUGGUGGCCGGCAGAAGUUUGCCAUCCCAAAAAUGUUCCCCCAAAUAUUCAGAAAAUGAAGCACGAGAUUGGAGAAUUCCCUGUGUUUUUCUUUGGGUCUAAAGAUUAUUACUGGACGCAUCAGGCACGAGUGUUCCCGUACAUGGAGGGGGACCGGGGCAGCCGCUACCAGGGGGUCAGAGGGAUCGGAAGAGUCUUCAAACACGCACUGCAAGAAGCUGAAGCGCGUUUCCGGGAAGUGAGACUGCAAAGGGAAGCGCGCGAGACGCACGAGAGUGAACGCAAGCCCCCGCCCUACAAGCACAUCAAGGUGAACAAGCCUUACGGGAAGGUGCAGAUCUACACGGCCGACAUCUCCGAGAUCCCCAAGUGCAACUGCAGGCCCACGGACGAGAGCCCCUGCGGCCCCGACUCCGAGUGCCUCAACAGGAUGCUGAUGUUUGAGUGCCACCCGCAGGUGUGCCCCGCAGGCGAGCGCUGCCAGAACCAGUGCUUUACCAAGCGCCAGUACCCCGAGACAAAGAUCAUUAAGACGGACGGCAAGGGCUGGGGCCUGGUGGCCAAGAGGGACAUCCGCAAGGGAGAGUUUGUGAACGAGUACGUGGGCGAGCUCAUCGACGAGGAGGAGUGCAUGGCCAGGAUCAAGCACGCGCAUGAGAAUGACAUCAGACACUUCUACAUGCUCACCAUUGACAAGGACCGUAUCAUUGAUGCCGGCCCCAAGGGGAACUACUCACGGUUCAUGAACCACAGCUGCCAGCCCAACUGUGAGACCCUCAAGUGGACGGUCAACGGUGACACCCGCGUGGGCCUGUUUGCUGUAUGCGACAUUCCUGCAGGGACAGAGCUGACCUUCAACUAUAACCUCGACUGUCUGGGCAACGAAAAGACGGUCUGUCGCUGCGGGGCCUCGAACUGCAGUGGCUUCCUCGGGGACAGGCCCAAGACAUCCGUGCCCCUGUCUGCGGAGGAGAGAGGCAAGAAGACCAAGAAGAAGAGCCGGCGGCGCCGGGCCCGCGGGGAGGGGCGGCGGCAGUCGGAGGACGAGUGCUUCCGCUGCGGCGACGGCGGCCAGCUGGUGCUGUGCGACCGCAAGCAGUGCACCAAGGCCUACCACCUGUCCUGCCUGGGACUGGGCAAGAGGCCCUUUGGGAAGUGGGAGUGCCCGUGGCACCACUGUGACGUGUGCGGCAAGCCUUCCACCACCUUCUGCCACCUGUGCCCCAACUCGUUCUGCAAGGAGCACCAGGACAGCGCAGCCUUCAGCGCCGCCCAGGACGGCCGGGCCUACUGCUGCGAGCAUGACUUGGGGGCGCCGGGGGGCCCCCACACGGAGAAACCCUUCUCGGAGCCAGGGAAGCCCGCGGGGAGGAGGAGGAGGAGCUGGCGGAGGCUCACAGAAGGCAAGUAGCGCAGCAGCGGCUUGCCCGGUCGGGAGAGGGGGCGCCGGCCGAGGACCCCCCCACCGCUCAGCCGCACGGGAGCUGCUGUGUGAAGGCUGGCCGCACGUAGUGUAGUGUGUGCCGGGAGGAGCCCCGGGGCCGCGCUUCUCUGAAAUGUGUCUGUACUAAUGUGAACCCCGUGCCCCCGGCUGCCAGCCGGGCCUGGCCGCACGAGCCCCUCACCUGCAGCAGGAGCCCCGGGUGACGGCUUUCCCGCCCCGUUUCUGACCUUCGCUCUCAGUGUAUUUUGGCUAAACCUCGUUGACCAGCCAUGCCGACUGCCAUGCGUGUUCACUGACGCGCCCUGGUGCUCCCGGGGGAGCAGCUGUGCCCCACAGGCCGGCCCGCUGCCCUGCUCCUCCCUCCCC